AUAGGAUAGUUUUUAUCCCGGACUUCUGAGUUCUCUUGAAAAUGCGAUAUGACCGACCUCGACGCGGGCGAAGCCGCGGGCGGAAAGCUAGUUAUGUAUAAAGGGACAAGUGCAUACAAGUUUGAUGGUAAAACAAAUAAAGACGGAAGUAGAAACUAAUCCAAGAAGCUUAUCGAAGCUCGUUUAAAGUCGCAAGUUGCGUACGGGUCGUGGUAGGGGGCGCGCCGCAGCCUUCGUUCAGCUCGGCCCGCAGUUGAAACGCGUCGCGCGCGCAGGUCGCCGUGCGCGCGAACCGCGAAAUUUCCGAACACGCCCGCGCGAGUGAUGUCACAAAGAGAACUAGUGGUUACUGUGCUGUGAUUGUGAAUUAACUAUGGUAGCCAUGGUGGCAUCAGCGUCUGGAUAUGGCACCUUACGCCGUUUUCUAAGCGUGCCUGAGGGCCAGCACUCCGCCGCCGAGGCAGGGAUCGGACCGAGCAACUCCGUUGCCGUCUCGUCAAAGCAACGGGCGUCAAUUAAAUGGCUGUUAUCGAAGGCGUUCAACAACAGGGUCCCGGAUAACCUUCAGGAGCCCUUUUAUAGGGAUCAUGAGGAACAAGAACACCUGAAGCCGCCUAUAGUGGGGGGUCUGGCGAACGCAGAGCUGUACUGCCUGGCGCUCGCCAACAUGUACUCCGAUCCCAACUACCACAGCCUGAACCACUGGAACAUACUCCAGACCUUCGCGAGGAAGGGCGUGCACGUGCCCGACCCGCCCGACUGCUCGCUAACCGAAACCGUGCUCAUACAAACCAACCCACUCAAAAUGGGUGCUCAUAUGGCUGUGAUAGAAGCACUGAUGGUGCUGUACGCGCGGGAGGUGGUGACGCCGGACCGAGUGGCGGCAGCAGUGCAGCGGUUCGGCGCGGGGGCGCCGCCGCUCACCAGCUCGGCCGCGCCGCACGAGGACGGGAUCCUGUGCUGGAUCAACGCCGCUUGUGCUGCGCUUAAUAAGGCUGAGGAGGACACAACAUCGCACGUGCCGAUGUUGAAGAGCCUCCAGGAAGUGUGCGACGGCACGGCGCUGGCGGCGCUGAUCUCGUUCUACUGCCCAGAGGCACUCCCCCGCACGGCCGUGCGUGUCGGCCGCAUGGCCUCCAUACAAGACUGCCUGCACAACCUCAUGCUGGUCCACGACUUCUGCCGGACCGCGCUGCCGCACGACGUGUUCCAUAUGAUGCCCGAGGAUGUCACUUACAUGCGAGGGUCAAUGAGACAAAAUUUAGUAGCAAUGCUCGCCGAUCUCUUCAAUAUGUUAGAAGUUCACCCAGUCAAGUCUGUUAAAUACCCUGGAACUGCGGCGGCGGACUGCAACAGACACGGCGUGCGGCACGCGCGGGGCCUGGCGCCCGCCGCGCCCGCGCCCAUCCCCGCGCUGCGGGCCGCGCCGCCCUCCGCGCGCGCCGCCGCGCUGCCGCCCUUCGCAGGUACCAGCGGGACUCCACUACCGGAAAGCCUCUACAAACUCUCUCACACCUUAGUCCUGGUGCCUUUAAAAUGGGUAUUUCCUCUCGAUGGGAUUCUUAUCCUUUUCCUCUUAACCUUGCCCCCGGGCAGCGGGCGGUCUCGCGGCGGUCGCGGCGGGCCGCGCUCGGCCAGCUCGACGCCGGAGCGGCGCUCGGCCAGCCCGGCGCGCAGCCCGCCGCGCAGCCCGCCGCGCAGCCCCGCUCGGGAGGACUUCGUGGUGCACCGGCCCAGGCAUGUGGCCACGCUGGCCGCCAUGGCGCGCAGGGGGGACGACCCAGGAAUGGACAUGCCUACAACUGCAGCAGGUCGGCCGUCCAACUGGGCCGAGUCCCGUGACGCCUCGUUCGCAGGUCGCCGCUCGCGCCGCUCUUCCAUCACAGAUGACAGCCAGCUUACCGUAGAGAACUUCGGCGGCUCACAGGACCGCCUGCACUUCGCAGGACGGAACCCCGAAAAGGAACUAGCGACUCUGGCUAAUGUUAGAAAAAUAUCUGCUCCUUCUGGUCCCCUUGACUACAAUCCGCCUCUGCGUUCGUCCCGUCAAGACAUUCGCGGUUCGAUCCAAUUUUUCGAUUACCAAAAUGGCUCUCAGACAGAGGAACGACAAAAAGUUGAAAGACAAAACUCACAACCUCAGAACUCACAACCACAAACCACAGAGAACGAACCGUUCUUUCCGAUACGGAGACAACUGAGUAGCGAUACGAUAACGUUAAGGGAGCGACAGGAGAGCUUCGGGUUCCAGUGCAAGGGCGGCGGCGACGGCGGGUUCUACCUCAACAACCGCGACGACACGGACGGGGACGUCGGCAAGACUAGCUUCGCAGACCUCAACAAGAUCAGGAGUAACGGUGACCAGACAGGUAUUCAGUCGCAGUUCGGUCAGGAUGAACCGACGGAGAGGCGGAAAAGUACGUCGUUUUCCACACCGCCCCCGAACACGACCACGUGGCAACAACAGUUCAUGCAGCAAGAACAUCAACCAAACGGCGACGACCUGACAGACGACGCGAAUAACCCAUCAAGCGGUGGUCAAAUGGCCGCUCAGUUGAACAACAUCCGACUCAAGCUAGAAGAGAAACGGCGACGCAUCGAGCAGGAGAAGCGCCGCAUGGAGGUGGCCGUCAGCAGGCAGCGGCAGCAGCUCGGCCAGCAGGCCUUCCUGCAGGCCGUCACCAGGGGCAAGGGCGCGCGCACGCCCGCAGACGACGACCCCAAGCAGGACCCGCCCGCGCUACAGGUGAGGCACACGGCUGAUGCGACAUCAUACUUACGACAUGUGGUCGAGCCGCCGAGUCAAAGGGAUUCAGUGGACAACGCUGUCUUGGAACAAUACCAGCAAUCAAUUGCUAAAAUGAACUCCAGCCUGCAGGACAUACAGAGCGACAUCGCGCGGCUCGCCAGCCAGCAAACACAGUUACAGCAACAGCAGCAGCAGCAACAGGCCAAACAGCUGUUCCAGCAGCCGCAACUGCAGAUGCAGCCGCAAUUACCGCAGAUGCAACCGCAAUUACCGCAGAUGCAACCGCAACUGCCGCAAAUGCAGCCGCAGCCGCCGCAACCCCAGCCGCCUCAGUCACCCUACCAAAUGCAACAUCAACAACAGUAUCAACCAAACAUUCCACAACUGCACAGCCAAUUCAGCUCACAGCACAAUGUGUCCCGGCCUGGGCUCUCCAGCUUCGGUUCCACGCCACACAUACCGCGCGAAUUCCAACACCAACAACUGCAACAAGUGCAGCAACAGCACCAACAACAGCAACAUCAACAACAGCAACAGUUCUAUAACUACGAUCAGCAACAGCAACAGCAGCAGCAAUACCCACAGUAUCAGUAUAGAGAGAUAGAGGAUUACGGAAGGCAACAGUUUUACCUGCACGACGCCGCGCCCGCGCCGCGCCGGACGUGGGCGCAACACGCGCAGCAGCAGCAGCAGCAACAGCACGAGACUGAAUUGCGAGGGUGGCAGCUGCACCAACAACAUCAACAAAAUCAUCAACAGCACCAACAACAGUUCGGUCCGUCGACUCCGGAACCUCCACAACGGACGUGGAAGUCUCCGUCACCGCAGCCGCCGCCCGACCGCAACUGGCAGCCUCAGCAGGGCUUCGUGCUGCACGACCGGACCAAUCAGCAGCCCUUCCAAGUACAUUAUAACAACGACCGGUACCAAAACGGCACCGAGAACAUUCGAGAACCGCAAAACCAUUUAAGCUACACUGUGAUAAACCCUAACCAAUACGUGUCCCAGUCGCCGCCGCUGUCGGGCAGCCCGCAGCGGCGCGCGCGCACCCCGCAGCGGCAGGGCUCGCUGCCCGAGGCGCGCCGCCCCGACCCCGUUAGCCUGCAGCAGCUGCAGCCGCCGCCCGACGACAUGGAGCCGCAGAACAUCUCCUUCAUCGGCAACGCCGAGGACGACGCGCUGCGCCAGGGAAUCAAUAGACUGAACAUUUCCUCUGGCACCAGGACCUACCGCAUCCCCUCCCCCACGCGGCCCUCGCUCAGUAGAAACUCCUUUCAACAGCUCGAUCAGGAAGAUACCGCGGAACAGAACGAGAAAGGCUUUUAUAUAUCGUUCGACAAUGAUCAGCCGAAGCGGCCGAAACCUCCAUUGCGGGCGAAACGGGGCUCACCUAAGAAAGAAAGGUCGACAGAUAUUAGUCCGGAACGUAGUCCGGAGAACACAUGGAACGAGCGGUUACCGCAGCCGGCGCACGAAGAAGAGUUCGUGGUUCAUAGGAAUACGGGGUUGGAGCAAACGAUACGAUCUAAUGACGUUUCUUCGGAGCGCAGAGAAACGCCACCUAGAGAGCGACCCCAACGCUUGAAUAAUGCCGAACCGGCGGCGUUAGUCAUCGGCGAGCUGAAUCCUGACCCGAACUCGGCGGAGGAGAUGGAACGCAAGAAAGAGCGCAUAAUGCUCCUCUCGCUGCAGCGACGGCAGCGCGCGGACGAGGCUCGCGCGCGGGCGGAGGCGGCGGCGGCGGCCCGCCGGGCGAGGGACGAGAGCGCCGCCGAGCUCAAGCUGCAGCGCAAGGAGGAGCAGGCGCGCCGCCGCGAGGCCAUCCUGCACCAGUACAAGCUCAAGAAGGCCAUCGAGGAGGCCGAGCGAGAGGGCAAGGUACUGGACAGGACGGAGUUCAUGGAGAGCAUGGGUCGCGGCGGCGCGGCGGCCCCGGCGGGCGGCGGCGCGGGCGGCGCGCGGCUGCGCGGGCGGCAGGCGGCGCGCGCGCGCCCCAAGACCAUACACGUGGACAGCUCCGCGCUGCACGCCGCGGAACACAAGCACCCCUCCACGCCACUCGCAGCGGGCGGCACCAUGCGGCGCGACUACUACCGCGGCUCGCAGGACAGCCUCGCCGAGCGCGCCGGGCUCUACAGAGAGUCCCCGGUGGAGGAGCGCGGCGGCAUCCCGGGCAGCGCGUCCAGCGGGCCGCUGGGCCGGCGCGGCUCCUGCAAGACCUCGCGAGAGCGCGUGAAUGAGGAACCACAGUCUUCACGUGGAAGGUCUAAAUAUUCCAGUUACCAGAGUAACUUUAAGGCGGGACGGAAGUCAAGCUCUCUUAUGAAUUUGUGCGACUCGGGGCUGGGGCGCGCCACGCCGCCGCGGCGCGCCGCCUCGCCCGGCGUGCGCGCGCUGGGCUCGCCCGCGUCGGGCCCCGGCUCGCUGCCCGGCUCCCUGCCCGGCUCGCUGCCCGGCGCCAUCGGCAAGCGCCGCCACCACAACAACAACGACGACACCUCCGACGUGUCCUCCACGCACUCCUCCAUCAUGGACUACUCCGGUCCUCGGCUGUAUAAGCAGCCGACGACGAAGUCGAACCGCGGCAUAAUGCUGAACGCGGUGGAGUACUGCGUGUUCCCGGGCGCCGUGAACGCGGAGGCCAAGCGGCGCGUGCUGGAGGAGAUCGCGCGCUCCGAGAGCAAGCACUUCCUCGUGCUGUUCCGCGACGCCGGCUGCCAGUUCCGCGCGCUCUACUCCUACUGCCCCGACACCGAGCAGGUGGCCAAGCUCUACGGCACCGGGCCCAAACACGUCAACGACAGGAUGUUCGAUAAGUUCUUCAAAUACAACUCGGGCAGCAAGUGCUUCUCGCAGGUGCACACGAAGCACCUGACGGUGACGAUCGACGCUUUCACGAUACACAACUCGCUGUGGCAGGGCAAGAAGGUGCAGCUUCCCAGCAAGAAGGACAUGGCGCUCGUCAUUUAGACGGCCACGCGUUCUACUAAAUUUUAAAGAAUCCAUUAUCUAGUCGCCGGCGGCAGUCGAGUCAAGCCUUUUUACUCUUCAGUUUAACGCUAUGGUAGGGCAAUAGUGCCAGUGUCCAAUACAUUGUAUUUUAAAGAGUCGGUUAGUGCGUUUUCCUCGGCGGAAGCUGUUUUAUUGAACAUGAAAAUUAUGUUAAUUUUGCUUGUGCAAAGGUGUGUUGUCGACCGAUGUGUUCUGUACCGGCCGCCUCGUUCGCCCGUCGCCGUAAGCUGUAAUCAAUCUCGAGUCAUAGUAAUCAAUUGUAGGUAAUCGCGAACGACGGACGAGGCGCGGCCCGCGGUGCCUGUGUCAUAUUGUACAGUUAGGGAGGUUGUCGGCUCGAAUCGAGUUUGUUAUGUGUUAGCUUCGGCCGGCGCGACCGAGAGCCGCGAGUUGUGUUAGUUCCGCGCCGGAUAACGUAUGUAUGCGUUGAUUGAUGCUGCGUUAGUUCCAAAUGUGUUACUCAGUGUAUAAUCGCAAUGUUUGCCAUAUGUAUUAGUGAGAUGGUCGAUACGUUCCAAAUUAUCAAAUUGUCUCAAAAAUGUUACAGCCAAAAUGUCAAAUUACGUUUGGUAAUUUAGAUUCAUAAUUUUGUUAAGUAGAACUGUCUCCUCACAUAUAAAGUAACAAGUUCACAAACUAAUAAUAUUGCUUAUUUGUUAUAAUAUUUAACUCGUUAGUGAUUAUGUUAAAUUUGACUGGAGCUAAGAUUUGUUUAACUGACCCCAUUCAAUGUUAAUUCAAUUCCCAUUUUUUUACUGCUUGUAUAGCUAAAAGUAAGACGAGGCACAUUUUACGUGGUAAUUGUACUGCCUUAUCCUGUAAAUAAUUGUUUUUUUGUAUACAGCUAUUUAUUAAACGAAUGUUAAAGGAGAAUUGAUGAAUAUCAUUUUUCAUUGUUUAAUGAUUGGUCAUCAAUAAUAUACUACCGAUAGUAUAUGGUAUGCAAAUAUAUUGUAUUACUUAAAACCAUAACGAAAUAAUAUUGAAUUUCAUAUUAA